CUCGGCUCUACUUUACUGUGACGCACUUCCAAAAUGGCUUCUAAAGGGGAACCGGUCUCUAAAAUAUUCUCAUUUCAGGACUGUAAAUCUUCUCCUGACCCGAUUUUUGAGUUCCCCACCCAGUGCCUGACCCCUACACCAGCCCCGAUAGUAAUAGAUAACGGCUCUUUCCAGACCCGAGCCGGCUGGGCGGCUCCGGCGGCGGAGUUUGAGUCUCCGCAGCUGGUCUUCAGGUCGGUGGCGGCGCGCAGCCGCGGGGCUGCCCGCAGCGAGACCCAGAUCGGUAACGAUAUCCCCAACCUGGAGCCGCUGCGGUGGCUGUUGAAGAGCCAGUUCGACCGAAACGUGGUGGUCAACUUCGAGAUCCAGGAGCUCAUCUUCGACCAUGUAUUUACACACCUGGGCAUCGCCUCAGAGGGCAGUGUGGUACACCCCAUUGUGCUGACAGAAGCGCCCUGCAACCCGCUGCACUGUCGGCAGAUGAUGUCAGAGUUGCUUUUUGAGUGCUACUGCGUCCCGUAUGUGUCCUACGGUGUGGACGGCUUGUACAGUUUCUACCACAAUAACAUUCGAAGGAGCCUCCAGCCACCACACACUGGCCUUGUUCUGUCCUCAGGAUACCACUGUUCACACGUGCUGCCAGUUAUCAACGGCAGGUUUGAUGCAGUCAACUGUAAGCGUGUGAAUGUGGCUGGCAGUCAGGCAGCGUCCUACCUGCAGCGCCUCCUCCAGCUGAAAUACCCAGGUCACCUUGCUGCCAUCACACUCAGCCGGGUGGAGGAACUUCUGCAUGAACACAGUUACAUUGCUGUGGAUUAUCAUGAAGAGCUGGAAAAGUGGCGCAGCCCAGAGUUUUAUGAGCGGGAGGUUCACCGUAUGCAGCUUCCCUUCUCAGGUAAGGUACCGGGCGGCUGUGUGAGUGUGGAGGAGAGGCAGGAGAGACGAGCUCAGCAGCUUCGGAGGCUUCAGGAGAUCAACGCUCGCCGGCGGGAGGAGAAGCUGCUGCAGGACCAAGAGAGGCUGGACAGACUUAUGGCAAUACAGGAGCUGCUGGAAGAUGGCCUGUUGGAUCAGUUUCAUAAGAGCCUGGUGGAGCUCAAUAUGGACUCUGCUGAGGAGCUGCAGUCGUACAUCAACAAACUGCAGCUGGCUGUGGAGCAGGGCAGACAGAAGCUGCUGCACAGUGACGUAGCAGAGGGAAAGACGGAGGUGUCUGAGCUGGAGCAGCCGAUGGACGAGGGAGACGGAGUGGCACUGAUGGAUCCUGACUUCCCUGAGGACACGCUGCCAGAAAAAUCUGCUAAUGUGGUUCAGCCCAUGUUCAACAUGGCAGAGUACCACCAGCUGUUUGUAGGGACGGAGCGUCUGCGGUGUCCAGAGAUCCUGUUCCAGCCCUCGCCGACUGGAGAGGAACAGAUGGGACUAAUGGAGACACUGCAGUAUGUCCUGGCCAGGUACACCCCAGAGCAGCAGGAGGCGCUUGUGAGCAACGUGUUUCUUACAGGAGGGAACAUGCAGUACCCUGGGAUGAAGGAGAGAGUGGAGAGGGAACUGCUGGCUAUGAGGCCCUUCCAGUCACACUUCAAGGUGACAAUGGCGUCGCAGCCAGCUCUGGACUCCUGGUAUGGGGCAAGAGACUGGGCCUUGGAGCAUCCACCUGGAGGAGUGGGAGGAGCGACAGAGGGAUGGAUCAGCAGAAGGGACUACGAGGAGAAAGGAGGCGAGUACCUGAGCGAGCACUGCACCUCUAAUGUCUCCAUUCCCAUGAAAAUCGCCAAACCGGUCCGCCCCACCGAGCCCUCUGGUACCACACUGACAUCAACUGGAGCUUCUGCUGCCAUCACCGCGGUUACGCCUGCCCCGGCUCCCUCCUAUUCUACUGUUGCUGCUGAUGUUUCCAUUGUUACCUCCUAAACUUGUAUCUUCAUUCAGACCUCUUGUAUUCACAUGCUGAGUUUUUGGUCUCUUGUAAAGUUGUAAACUGUUUUGGAUCAUUAAUUUUGUUUUAUUUUCAUUGUGCUCGGCGAAACCACAAGAGACCAUUCAUAUUGAAUGGUCCUCAAAGUAAUGAUCUUAAAAGGUCUAGUUUGAAUGUUUCAUGUAUUACUAUGUAAAUAUAAGUUGUUUGUGUGUUUUUAAUAUAUAUCUAUAUAUUUUCACUGUGAAACAGUUGUUUGCCUUUUGAUUCAAUGAGGUUAAGAAGAAAGUAACAGCAGUUUGAUGCUUCUGGUUACAGAUGAACAGACAUUUUGAUCAGUACCAUCCUUUUUUCUUUUUCAUCACUACAGUGCAUAUAAAAACCAAAAUAAAGGGUUGGUUCUCUCAGAUUACACACACAUACAAAUAAACUUACCUAUAGUCGUAUCUAUCAAUGCAUAAAGUUUUGGUUUAAUCGUCUCCUAGGUUUUAUCUGUGCAAAUAUUUGCCGGCGUACAAACACAAUGGAGGUGAAAAGAAUGUUGUUUGUGUGUAUUUGCUAUUUUUGCUUGAUUAAUGACUAAAUGGACCAUUAUCAGAAUUGUGUAUAAUUGGUUUUCUGAUCAACUCAUCCGUCUACUGCCUGGAAGAUUAGACAUUCAUCUAAAAAAAAUGACUGUCAAUGAUAUAAAUGAUCAUUUCAGUACUACUUUGGAUAAUUCAAAGAACACGCUGUCAGCUACGGAAUAUUUCCUCUGUAGCUCUAAAUCUAGACAGACAAAACCAAAAAUAUUUGCAUAGAUGGAUAAAACUAGAGGUACAUGAGAAAACUUAAAUUUGGGUGAACUGACCCUUAAAAUGCAACAUAUGUAUUGUGUAUAUACUGUGUAUAUAAUUAGGAUUUGUAAUACAGUUGUGUACCACUAGAUGGCUCAGAUGAACACAUAAUCUAGUUGGUCAGUUUUCAACCUCGAACUUUCAACUGAUCUACUAGUUUUAGUUAUCACCGUAUAACAGAUCUAUUAUACAAAAUAAGUAGGCUGACUUCUGUAAUAGUCAUUUCUUGUAGAUUCUCUUAAAGCCAAGCGUUUCACAUGUCAUGUGUCCGCCAGCUUUAAGAAGAGACACAUUCUCGCUGUAGGUUUCCAUUAAUGCUAAAGCUGAAGUGGUUUUCUGUGAAUGCCGGUUCAACAAACUGUCCUUUGUGUUCAGGCUACUAAUCUACAAACCCACAGUUUAAUCUGUCUAAUAUUCACAAGAACAUGUGACAGCAUGACAAUCUUUGAAACUAGAUACUAGAUGUAAUAAUGAGGAGUCCUGGGCUCUCUCGCUCAUUGAAUUUCUAAUCACUCUCACUGAAGAACUGGCAGGUGUCUUGCAGGUGUUUUACUGUAUUGUUCUGUUCUUUGUUGGUUCACAUUAUUUACCCAGCAGACCUCUGUGUUCUAAUACUAUUAUACGGUAUUAAACGGUGCCACAGCUCAAGGUUCAAACUCUCA